CUUUUUACAUAUCCGUGCUCAAUAGCCCAAGCAGGUACCCAGAUGUGUCCAUACCACGUUACCUCUUGGUAGUCGAAGGUCAUAUCUGACCUGUGGGGCCAUCCGUUGGUGCAAAGGGGUUAACUAGCUGAGUCAGUCGACGAUUCAGAAACCCCUCGUCGCCGCAUGCGCCGUUUUCUAGAGAACCCCGACCGACGAUGCGGCCCAGUUUCGGGAGUUCCCAUUUGUUUGUGUUUGCGUGCGGACCACUUGUUUCAUGUUGGUCAGUUUUUUAGUUGAGAUCCUCCCAAGUAUUGCACUUGGAGUUCCAGCAGUCGACAGGGAUACUCGCCGAACUUCCGGGGAAAAUCACUCGAGACAAGAAAGCUCAAGAUUUAUCGAGUCUCGAAAAGAACCUUUUUCAUCCAUGUCUUGUCUUUGCCGCAUAGCCCCUUAUUAUGUCGUCGAGUUUAAGGUUUUAACCUUGAUCCUGGUUUCGAAGUCAAGCGGUACCGAAUAAACCAGAGGAGUAGAUACCGAGACUGAGGGUCUCAUCUAGCCAUAUUAUUGCGAAGGUUACCUCAACACCACGGGCCCACGGCAGGUAUCUUGGCUUCAGGUUGAAGUCUCGAGUCUUGAACUCGAAACGUAUGGUGGCUGACGGAAACUUCAAUGCUAAUGCCCCAAUGCCUGGAGGGAGCAACAGCGGCCAAGCGGCCGCACUACCUGCGGCGCAAACGCCCCGCUAUGCUUCAAAGUGGUUGUUACCAUCGCGGUGUUUUCCGCCCUUUAUGCUGCAGCCUACAAAUUUCGGGCGGUGCUUCCCCCAGUUUCACACCGGCCCGCAGUGGAGAUAUUGAG